AUGCCUGGGGCGUUAAAGCAGUCUGUUAAAAUUACGAUCCAUCGUCCUGCCUCGACUCCUCCAGUCUUUCUCGUCGCAUCUUUCACCGAACCCGCCUGGAGUCCUGUCGAGCUUGAUGCCAAGUCCAUUUCAUUGACAGGAGAUGCCGUACCUACUGGUCAGGAAGAAUAUGAAUUUUCAAAGGUCUUUCAGCUAGAAGAGGGCGAGUACGAAUACCGAUUUCGCUUGGGUGCGGAUAACGUUUGGGUUUGCAAUACCGAGCUACCAACAAACACCGAUGCAGAAGGAAAUCUGAAUAACGUACUCUUGGUAAAGAGGACGCCAUCCAAGGAAACAUCGGAAGAAUCGAAAGCGGCGGCCACACCGGACAGGACCAUGGCUGAAACUACUAAAGAAGUAGCCGAAAAUAAGACUAGCGAUCAGAGAAAGGAGGAAGCCGUUGAAAAAUCAGUACAAGUAAAGAAGGUCCUAGAAUCCGAGCCUGUAGUUGACUCUAAACCAGAGGCUGGCAUCAAUGCAGAUGCUGUUGCUGCUGAUGAACAUUCUAUGUCAGUAGUUAACGGUGUUUUGGCAAAAGAAGUAGAGUCCGCAUCGCAUGAAGCUUUGGAAAACUCCGCCAAACUUGUUAGUUCUGAGGAGCAGAAGACAGAGACCAAAGACCAACAGCCCACAAUUAUCGACAAGCCUGCUGAAUCCUCGGUACUUGAAACGAAAGAUAUUUCAGCCUCAACAAAGCUUUCAGCUUUGGAGCCUAUCGGAUCGAAGCCGUCAAAAGAAGAAGCGACGGAGCCAAGCAAAGCGCCUUCUGAAAAUGACUCGGCCAAAGAUGACAACCCUAGUAAGCCCCAAAAGAAUGGCAAGCCCAAAAAAAAGCGUGGUGGUUCAAAAAAGAAAAAGAAAUCAGAGUCUGCUAAGGCGGACGCUUCACAGGCCGAGCUUGACAGUACCGCUACUUCCGACACGACAGCGAAGCUGGAGUCUUCCCCAUCCCCACAUAAAAGUCAGGCUGUAGGAGACUCAGAAGUGACUCGAUCUCCAGAAAUCGCCAUUGUUGAGAAAGACCCUAAAGCCGCAGUUGCUUCUGAAAAUCUUCCUGAAGCUUCAUCAGCUGAUAGCAAUGCCUUGAAGCCAGCAGCAGCUGAGUCGAAACAAGAAUUGAAGCCAAUGGACGCAAGAAUAUCAGAUCCGAUCACGGAUGAUGCAUCUAAGCAGGUACCUAGCACCCAGGAACCCGACGUUCCCGUCGCUGAGAAGACUGAGACUUCCGAUGUAACUCAGGCUACCGCCUUUUCUGACGCUGAUGCGCAUCAGGAAACGAAUAAAGCCGUAGAAUCACUGCUCAAAGCAGAAAGCAGCAGUGAAGGCAGCGAUAAGGUGUCCGAGGAUAAAGCACUUUUUAUUGAGAAGCCUGUGAAUGAGAACAACAAACAGCCCGAGCCAGAAGGGCAUGAGCAAGCCCAGGUGACUCUCUCGGAACUUUCCAUGGAGCCACCCGGGAAAGCCAUUCCAGAAGCUGAACAGCUUCCAGUAGAGCCUCUCAGCAAACCGGAAGCUGUAGCUCUUGCAACCGAAACCGCUCCAGAGCCUAUUUUGAAGCCGGAAACGUUGGAAACCGCAAAGGUUGAAGCACCUCCUAAAGUGAGCGAGCUUAACAAAGAUGGAAUUGACAAGACUUUUGAUGUACCAGUUGAAACUGAUCUUUUGCCUGUAACCUCAAAGCCUGUCGAGCCUGAAAAGAAGGAUGACGCCCCCAUUCCACCUCCCGAGAUCAAGCUCGAGGAUUCCGGAAAAGCUGGAUUCGAAGUUGAACAAGACGCUGCAAGCGAAUUUUCAAAUAACAAGGAUGCUGAAGAUAAAACAGCCGAAACUCCAGUCGUUUUGCCCGUUGUUCCUAUUGUGCAAGCUGCUCCUUCAGAGUCGCCGCUACCUGAAGUUGUUUCAAAGAUAACAGCUGAGCCGGCCUCCACCGGCGAGACAAAACUAGCCUCGAAGGAUCCCGCUCCCGCAGAUGAUGGCCCUUCCGAAACUAUCACUAGUGCCGUAACAGCUCCGCUCUCUAAGGAGACAACGUCCAAGCCUGUUGAGAAACAGGAAGAUGUGGACAAGUCUUUGAAGCCUCUCGAGUUGACAACACAGGAUGAUGAGGCCAAAGAAACGGAGAAUGACGUCAUUACUGGCCUUGUCGCUCCAACGGAACCGGAAAAGGAUAUGACCGACGCUAAGUUGGACGACCCCGCUGCAAGCGCAGACACGAAACCCGCCGAGAACCUGAAGGAAGUGCCUGUGGUUACAUCUUGCUCUGAAGAUACACCAGUAGAGACUGCCGUUUUCCUCCCUGUUACUGCUGAGAAGGAUGAGGUCGCUGCAACCCCUGAAGCCCCGGAAAUUCCAAAGAAAUCUACGGACCAGCCGACACCAAAGGAGGAUGCAGGCAACGACACCCCGGUUGAGUCUUUGGCUGCACCACAGAUCGUCCCUGAGGAACCGCUAAACAAUUCUUUGGAGCUAACUGAAAAGCCCGGAGAGAACGGUGGUAAUGAUGCUAUCGCCAAUGUUUCUUCAGAGCUCGGGGCCGAGUUGUCGAAGGCCCCUGCACCGUCAACUGAAGAGCCAGAGGCCCGCGCCCUUAUCUCCACCGAUACAGACGUCGAGGACGUAAAGGGCAAAGAAAAGGUUGACGAUGAUCCUUCAGAACUUGCUGCCAAGUAUAGCACAGGGGUACCGACCAUCACUGAGAAAUCUGAGCCCGCUCCUGUGCUGCCUUUGUUACCUGAAGUGGAACCUAUCGUAUUGUCCGGGAUUCAGGAUGUUGUGGAAACACCUGGUUUAUCAGCUCUGCCAGAACCAGGAUGUUCAGUCGAACAAGAAGCCGAGUCGGCUGUAGAAAGCCCACCCGUUAUACCAGAAGCCCCUGUUGUUGCCGAGUCGAUCCCCUUGGACGAGCCUAAAGUCAACGCGUUACACCCAGACAUGAAGGACACUUGCCCCGUUGCGGCCGAAAACGAAAGCAAAGACGUUUUGCUUGCCCCUGAUUCUAAGCCCACUGAUGCGAAGCAGCCGGAGGGCGAUGCUUCACCUUCACAGCUCCCGAAGCCCAAAGAAGAUUCCACCGUUACGGCAGCAUCUGCGAUAGCUGCUCCCGGGGAGUCGCCCAAAGAAGUACUCACCGAAACUCUGGAUGGUGGCACAACAGAAACCAAAGCCACAGCCAUCGCAGCGACAACCAUCGCAGCCACAGCUAUCGCGGCCACAGCCAUCGCAGCAUCCGCAGAUAUUGGUGAAUCUAAGGAGACAUCUAUGUCAACACGUUCCGAACCUGAGGCUGAGUUACUUUCCCCAAUAGCUGUGGAAGAAGCGAAGCCAGAAUUGAAGGCCGACAAAGCUGAAUCGCCGUCUGAAGAAACCUCCGAUACCCCAGUCAAGACUGCCAUACAUCCAACGGAAAUAGAGAGAAAAGAUGCACAAGACGCGCCUGAGCGAAGUGAAGAUGGGGACAUCAUACCUGCCAUGCCGCAGGACAUCGUUCCUAUCACCAGUGAAAUACCAGAACCUGAGCCAGAAAUUCCCGAAUCCUCUGAGAUUCCAUUUGCGUCGGACCUCCUAAUCGACACUCCCAAGGAAGAUCUUCCCACCUUGGCGAUACCAAAGGGUCUUCCCUCUGAACCUGAACCACUGCCCUUGACGGCUGAGCCAAGUUCGCAAGCUCCAGAAGUUGAUUUACCAAUUCAAGAUACCCCUGUCCCCAAUGAGGACAUCGUCCCGGUUCCUCCUUCAGCAGACUCUGACGCCCCUUCUAAAGAAGAUACUACCCCUGUGCAAGCCCUUGAACUGACACCCGCUCCGGAAACGGAAACCACACCUCUUCCCGAUAGCACUUCUACUGACAAAACCGCUCCUGAAGACCUCAACACAAAACCUCCUGCCGAGAUUUCUGCAGCUGUGGAAGCUCCUGAACCGGCGGAUAGCACGUCGAAAUCCUCAAACCCUACUGGCCCGUCUGCAAUUGCUGUCGGUGCGGUCGGUGCAGUUGCUACACUUGGUGUGGCUGCUGCAGUUACCGCUACGCUUCCCACAAACGACCAAAGCGAACCUUCCUCGACAGCCAAUGAAACUGUAGAGCAAACUGCUGCAAAAUCCGUACCAGAACCAACUACGGCUGCCGAAGCGAGCACGUCGAAUGAUACGAAAGUAGACGAGCCUCAACGUCCACCAACUGCAAAUAAGUCCGUUACAUCACUAACAACUUACAGAAAGGAGAGUUUUUUCAGAACUCUAUGGCGUGCAGUUUUCAUCAAUUUUUUUGGUGGUUUGUUUGGGUCCUUCCGCCGUGGGAAUAGACCCCAAUAG